CGGUGCUCGGGUGUUCAGCCUUAACUUUCAGUUCUCGAGCCUCUCAGGCGCCAGUCCACCAUGUGACAUGAGACAGCGGCAGCCAAUCAGCUAUUACAACACGGUAGCCAUAGCGACAGCGACUCCUCUAAACAGAAGGACUGCGAGCGGCCACUGCAGAGUGGGUCGCAUUUGGCCAUUCAUACCUGCCAAACCCCCUUACUAAGCUGGAUCAGGACUUCACCUGAGCACAGGGCCGCCCAGACUUUACUGUUGAGUGUCACGAUUACCUGUGAAAUGGCUGAGUUCGGGGACAGCGUGUUAGAGGAUUUGUCCGCCAGUGACCAACACACAAGCUUUUCAAUGAAUAGAGCUAUGGCGGACGCAGACAAAAGGAAAAUGAGAAGGAUUAUCGCAGAAGAUCCCGAUUGGUCACUGGCUAUUGUGCCAUAUCUGAGAAUCAUUUGUUUGCAACAUAUAAUCGAUAACUUUGAAAGAAAUCCUAUUGUGGAUGAGCUGCCUCCCACUGAUAAAGUUAAAGUACUUGAAAAGCUUUCCACCAAGCUCCCAAUAAGUGUGACAGCUAACCUCAUCAGCGAUGAAGGCUACUGGAGGAGGUGUUCAGUGGAGCGCUGGGGGAGGCGAGACGUUUCUUACUAUGGAAACAGCUGGAGAAGAAUGUUCCUUGAAUGCCACUUGGAAAGUGCCAUUGAGCUUUUUAUUCCGAACACAACAGACCCCAAUGUAAUCCUGGACAUGGUUCCUUUCUACAAGAAUUAUGUGAAGAAAAUCAGCGUGUCUCAGCUGCUGCCUCCUGUCAAGAGUUCGGAAAACAGACAGAAGGAAGAUACUCUAUUAGCAGUGGGUGACGGAGCCUCUGAGGAACUCUCAGUCGGCCAUUUUGACUUUGGGAUGUUGUUAGACAAGAUGACCGAACUUGAAGAGCUGCACUUGGUGUAUGGUGUCAGGGGAUGUCGCAUGAACUUCGAGUGGAGUCUUUUUGAGUUCACUGAUCAGGACUGUCACUCCUUAGCCAAAGCGCUGAAGUCCUGCAAACAUUUAAAGGUCUUCAGGUUACAUCAGAGCAAAGUAAAUGAUGAAAAUGUGCAGACGCUGUGCAGCAUCUUCUUGGAACAUCCUUCAUUAAGAGAGCUUGAUUUUUCCCACAACAUCAUUGGUGACCGAGGGGCACGAGCAAUAGGAAAACUGAUGAGCAACAGCAAGCUAGAGGUCCUCAGUUUGUAUGAUAACAAGAUUAAAGGACAUGGGGCUCAAGCCAUUGCAUAUGCCCUGUCCAGGAAUGAAAAUCUAACAACGUUGAACCUUCGACUGAACCGCAUUGGAGAUGAAGGUGGACAGUGUGUCGCUAACGCUCUUCUAAAAAAUUCGACCCUUAUAAACCUGCACCUUGGAAGUAAUGAGCUGACUGAGCCCACCGCCAACUUCUUGUCUAGAGUUCUUAUGCAAAAUAAAUCCUUAAAGAGCAUCAACAUUUCCUGCAACCGACUAGGACCCGAUGGUGGGAAACAGCUUCAGGAAGGCAUGGCCCACAACAGCUCACUAGUCGAGUUUGAUCUGCGUCUGACUGAAGUUGGCCAGGAGAGCGAAUACUUCAUCAGUCAGAUACUCCAGAGGAACAAGGAGACGGCACACAGGACUCCAUUGUGAAGAGUAACGUUCAUCAACAGCAGCAAAAUCCUGAACUGAUGUGACCGGACCGCUUCAAGAUUCGUAUCUCAGGCCUGUCGCUUCAUGAUGGCCAUGAACUGUCCUGUGUCAAAACAAAAGCUUGAGACCACAUGUACUUUAAUAUGAAAAUGACCGAGACUCGUAAUUUACUGCUCAGUCAACAUCAGCUAAGGACUUGGCUUUUGAAUAAAGACGCUCACGUUAUUGUUGUGCACUCAAUUGUAUGAAAAAUGGUGGGUGUUAAAGUUAAAAGGAGAACGAGCCGAAGUACGAGGGGAGCCAACAUCACCUGAGGAGCAGUCAGGGUGAGUUUGCUUUGUUGUUUGGUGACAAUUAACCAAUUUUUGUGUAUCAAUAAAGAUUUAAUGACAAAAGA